CCCCUUCGAAUAUAUCCUACGAGCAUGCCUCCUCCGCAUCCGUCGCAGGUCGCAGUACCGCGCUUUAAAAACAUCGGCUUCCCGAGGAACCAGUUCCAGUUGGCUCUGUAUACCGUCAGAGGCACCCGCACACGAAUGUCUUCCCCAGCCGCCGCUCUUCGCGCCCUGGUGGUGCUGUGCGGAGCCCUGCUCGUCGCGCUGCCGCCGCCGCCGGCAGCCGCCUACCCGCGCCCCUUCCCGCACCCGCACCCCCAUCCCCGGGCCUUCCCCAUGGCGAUGCCCAGCUACGACCCCUACUGCCCGUACCCGGAGGGCGGUGGCGACGGGUACGACUACGCCUACGGCGCUGAGGACGGCAACGGGCUGUACGGCUCCGGCGAUGCGGGCUACGCGCAAGGCUACAACGCCUACUCCAGCUACAGCGGCUACGGCGCCGGCUCCAUGGGCGGCUAUGGGGGUGGCUACGCGCACCCUUCCGGCAUGAGCGCGUCGUCCUUUGGAGUCGGCUUCGGCAGGUAGAUUGGUCUGCGGUUC